AUGCUUAUUUGCACUGAGCACUUGGAACAAUUGCAAAAGUGGACAUUAGACCAAAGAAUUAAAACUCGUCUAGAAGAUACCGGUUUUCCAUGUUUAAGCGAACUUGGAAAAUGUCAACAUGAUAACCAGCUUCUGGAAUAUGUGGUAUCCCAUUUUAAUCCCAACACAUGUGGAUUUGAAUUUGGUGAUACAAAAUUAGUUUUUGGCUUGAAAGAUGUGCUCAAAAUUACAGGCUUGCACAUUACAGGCAAGCCAGUCACUAGGAUUGAUGAUGACAUGAUUUUUUGGUCCAACAAAUGUUUUAGACAAGAUUUGAACUUUAAAAAACAAGGUGUAAUUCGAGGAGCUAUCAAGUUAUGUGUUCUUAGAGAAAAUUUUAUGGAAGUUCCACCAAAUGCAACUGAAGUUGAACUAGAUCGACAUGCUAGAGCAUAUGCUCUUUAUAUUCUAGCUCUUGCACACCUAUACUGUUCUAUGAAAAAUAUUGAAGAAAAGGGUAUAAAGCAUCUGCACGGGAUUGCAUUGUCCCUGCAGGUCUUUAUAUUCCUACAUCUGACAAACAUCAAGGUCUUACUCAAGUUAUCGAGUUUAAAUGUCGUAAAUGAACAACUUCCGUUGAUCGGUGAUUGGUCACGUCAUUUAGAACAAUUUACCUUGAACAAAAGUAAAAAGGUAGAUUAUUUGGAUUUAAUUAACAAAAUAACUGCUAAAGAGGUUAACUACAAUCCAUAUGAUGAUAUUCAAUUUCCGGACAAGGAAGAAUAUUCAACUUUCGAUUUGGAAAAAAGGGUUUGUUGUAAAUCAACCUUACAACAAACUUAUCUCAUCAACUUUAAUGAGGUUGCAUUUUUUCAACCGCAUAAGUUUAAAAAACAAUAUUCUAAUGCACGUGUCAGGGAUAAACAUUACAGACACAAAUGGAAAUUGUACCCAAGAGGUGGUGGAAAGGGGAAAGAUUGGCAAGAGCAGAAAAAACAUAGAAAAUAUAUCAAUCAUUGGAACAUAAGUUGUUUAGGUAAAAGACCACAACUUGAAAGAGGACAAGAUUUUCUAAUGAGUGAUUGUAUUGAAGAUGCAGGAGAUAACAAUGAAGACGGGGGAAGAAACAAAGAUCAAGGAAAAUGA